AAAGAGAAAGGGAGAGCGGAGAACAAAAUAGUAGUUUUUCCAACCACGAGGCGACACAGAGAGUUGUCUCGCCAAAGGAGAGGGAAAAUGUCAUUGUCUUUUUCUCCUGUUCAUGUUCUCACCACUUAUCAUACGGAAUAAAAACCUUGUUAAUCUGGGAUUUUCUUCAAUCUGAAUUCAGUAAAACAGAUUUAAUCUCAGACUGAUUCUUCUUGUGGGACUAGUUUUAUUAGGAUCCUACUAGUUGUCUGGUGUGGAUAUAAUACCAGUCGGUCUCUGAGAUGGAGUCCAGAACUCUUCUACUUGUUCUGGGUCUUCAUUUCACUCUACUGGGGAACAUAGAGGCCAGAGAUUGCGGCCUGGGCUUCAUUGCCAAUGGGAGUCAACAAUGUGAUGAUAUAGAUGAGUGUAAAGAGUGGGACAGUAACCCACCCUGUGGAAGUAAUGCUACGUGUUCCAACACAUAUGGAAGCUUCUACUGUCACUGUCUACCUGGGUUCAGAUCCACAACGACUUUCAAGUUUACUCCUUUCACUGGGGAGUGUAAGGACCUCAAUGAGUGCCUGGAGAAACCACCGGUUUGUGGCAGCAACACCAUUUGCCUCAACACCAUCGGGAGCUUCAAAUGCCAAUGUCAACCUGGGUUCAGAGUUACUUACAAUGGACACUGUGCAGACAUAGAUGAGUGUAAUGAGAUCGCUGGUAUCUGUGGAGUGGGCGGGGACUGCCAGAACCAGAAAGGAAGCUACAGUUGCCUCUGUCACCCUGGAUACAGUAACUACGACAACAAACAGGCUCAGUGCUCAGUACUGACCUGUGACCAGUUCAAAGCGAAUGCGACUCCUGGACAGAAUGUCCCAGGUUUAGCUGGUCUCCUGUCUCUGAUGAGGAACAGCUGUCUGGCAUUAAGUAACUCUGGGGAAGCAGCCGGAGGAGACUGACUGGAGAGGUGUUACUGGAGAAUGUCUUCACGGAGAUGGACGGCCUCUUGUCUCAUGCUAUCCUAAACAACAGCCGGGAGGUGAGUGGGUUGCUAGGCACCGUGGAGGACGCCAUGAGGUUCAUCGGGCCGCAGCUCAGAGACACCCACACCACCAUGGAGACAGACCACACAGGUAACACACACACACACUCCUGAACACACACACACUCACACACAUCUUCUUUCACCUUAAUCCUUGUCCUUGUACACAGCGACUGAGCUUGCAGUGAGGAGGGGACAGACUCCGCCCACUGGGCCAAU